AUGGCAAAGGGGAAUUUGAUAGAUAUUAGAAGUAAGAAGCUGGGGAAAACAGGACCAAAACCAAAGGUCUACACAGAUGAGUUCCUGCAAUCAGUCCCCUUGUAUAAGAGGACAACUGAGAGAAGCUAUGCAGCAGCUCUCAAAGUACCACAUGUCACAAUCCAUAAACUGAAGAAGCAAGGCAGACUCAGAACACAUACAGCCACAAACCAUCCAUAUCUGACAGACAAUCACAAGGUAGCAAGAUUGAAAUGGGUGCUAAGUCAUCUAAUGCCUGCUGAAGUAAAUGGGGACCCAAAGUUUAUGGACAUGCAACAAGUUAUCCAUAUUGAUGAAAAAUGGUUCUACUUGAACCCAGAAACCAGGAGGUUCUACCUCCUACCAAAUGAAGCAAACCCAUACAUGUGCCAACAGUCCAAAAGGUUUAAAGUCAAGGGUAUGUUCAUGGCAGCCAUUGGGAAGCCUAUUUUUGACCAACAAGGAGAAGUCAUACAUGAUGGAAAGUAUGGUAUUUAUCCAUUUGUGUAUGAAAGCACAGCAAAGAAAAAAAAGCAAAAACAGGGAAUCUGGUGUGGUGGAAAUCAAAGAACACAGAAUGUCAACAAAGAAGCCAUAAGGGCAAUGCUAUUGAACCAUGUAAUUCCAGGCAUCAAAGCUAAAUGGCCUUCUAAUCUACCCAAGGACAUAUGGAUACAAUGGGAUAAUGCCAGACCCCAUCAAGUUCCAAUGGAUGAGGAAUUUCAGGCAGCCUGUCAGUCAGAUAGAUUCAACAUUCAAUUCAUAUACCAGCCCCCUCAGUCCUCAGAUUUAAAUGUGCUAGAUCUAGGGUUGUUCAGUGUGAUACAAUCACUAUAA